UGCUUAAUAGCAGCGUGGUGCACACUGGUCAGCUCUGUCGGCAAUUUCCAUGAGUAUAUGUUGGGUGACAUAAAUUCUUGCCCAACCUGCGAGUUAGUAACUGGUACAAUGGAGGUUGUUAUCUGCGGCCCCUAUAUAGUUCUGAAAUGGCAAGAGUUCUUGCCCAAUAAGCUGCCAAGGCCAUUAAAGUCCUUGAUCACAUGGCGUCCUAACGUCUGGAUAUUCAGAGACACAACCAUUCUUGUGAUCAUAUCUUAUCUGAUAUUACUGGACAUCAACUUGAGCUUCCUCUGGCUUUUCAUCUUUCCCGUCAUAGCCAUUGUUUUCAUACGAGCGGUCCGCUUCAAGUUCAGUCUUCCUACGUGCAGCAGCAAUCAUAAAGUUACUCACGGAUCUUCUAACGGCGCCGAGGAGACAAAAAUGAAAACUAAGAAGGUUGGGAUCAUAGUGAUCAUGACGCUCGGGGCGCUAUUGGGUAUGGACCAACUUCCAGACCAUGCAGCUGACGGGUUCGCCAUCUCCCAGUUCCUCAUUUUCCUAAGCUCCAUGGUGGCGGCACUGACGCGCAUGAUGAUGAAGCUGCGCGCUCGGGCCUCUUCGUUGGGCAUAACAACAGCGUCGGAGAUGCUCCACAAGACCCUGCUUAUCCUUCUACUAGUGACGGCACACACGGGGGCCGCAGAGUGGCUGGGCGAGGAUGUUGUUCUUCUCUGCUUGCCAGAGGUCAUCCCUGUACUCGGCUGGUUCAUUCUUCACAUUGACCGUAAACCAGACAGCAGCUCCAUCAUCAGUGUCGACAAAAUGAAGGCACGCAUAAAUUGGCUUGGCUUGAUCGGUGCAAUGGUGGGUGUUUUCGCGUACCUGUUGUUCACCAUGGAUGAAUCCGGCCUCUUCGGUUGGUGUAUGACAUUCCAGGUGUCAUGUGGCGUCUCAGGGAUCCUGACAUGCUACCUCGUGUUCAUGCUAAACCACUGGACGAGGCAACAAGUUGCACCUGCUAGUAAGGAGGAUGGGGCUUCCGGUAUGCUCAAGUUAUGGGCAUGUGCUUUGCUGAUAGCGUGGGCUGCGUCGCUGCUGCUCGGGUAUCUGGUUUCCCGCCGGCUUGGCCUGCAACUACCACUGCAUGCGACAGCUAUGUAUGUUGGCAAUCUUUUCGGCUUUAAGUACUCACAUUAG